UGAUGUCUCUCUCCAGGUUCACAGUUUCUGUCACUGAACAGAGUUCUUCCUCGACUUUCCGAACCUCACGACGCGUCAUUCUCAAUGCAGAUACUCUCAAAAACCUCAAAUUGACAACUGGUGAUGUUGUGGCCGUUUUCAAAUCAGAGGAACCGCUAAAGGCUUUUGCUGUCGGCAUCGUAUGGCCUUCGCUCGAACAACCACCAAGCUCAAUCGUACUCUCCAUCGCUCUUCUUCUCACAGCACAACUGGAAUCCGGGCAACAGGCAUCUAUAUUCCCUCUUACUGGUCCUACGACAUCUAAACCCCCUGUAAAACUUCCAACGAUCAAGCAAAGCAAGGAUGCAGGCAUCAUUAGGCUGAAGGAAGUUCCCAUUCCGAACAAAGCGUCGACGAGCUCGAUGAAGAAAUCCCACGAGAAAGAGAAGGAUUGGCUACCUUUGUUACUUCGUGAAUCCCUAGUGGAUAUCAAGUAUCUCACAUCGACCCAAACUUUGGAGGUGAUGUACGAGGGGAGGCCUCGUCGAUAUUGUGUCAUAUCAGUCGCUACUACAAACACUCCUACCAGCCCUCUAAAAACAGACAUUGACGAAGUAUCCGAGCGUUUUGGAGCACUCGGAUGGAAAUCACAGCCCUGUAUCUGGACUGUGAGCUGGGACACGGUGGUAACUAUUACAGAGAAUGAUCACACUGAUACAGGCCUACCGCAAAAGCCUGACAUAGAAAUUUUAGAGAAACAGUCUGAAGAUGAUGCUUACGCCAGUGUCGGAGGUUUGGACAAGCAAAUUUCUGAAAUCAAAGAUUUACUAGAGAUUCCCCUUACUCGCCCUGAUCUGUUCCGCUAUUUCAACUUGAAGCCUCCUCGUGGAAUACUCCUGCAUGGUCCUCCGGGGACAGGCAAAACCCAUCUCGCGCGCGCCAUCGCUGGGUCGACAAUGUCGUCAGUCAUUGUUGUCAAUGGUCCUGAACUAUCAUCUGCCUACCACGGUGAAACGGAAUCCAAGCUUCGGGAUGUAUUCAAGGAGGCCAGAGAUAAAAGCCCUUGCAUAGUAGUUUUAGACGAAGUAGAUGCCCUGGUUCCGCAACGAGAAGAAGGAGGGGGUGAGGUCGAAAAGCGGGUAGUUGCUACUUUGCUUACGAUACUAGACGGUAUGGAAGAUGAUAAUGAGGACGAUAGUAGAGUCGUUGUUAUUGGAACUACCAACCGGCCAAACGCGAUAGAUCCAGCUCUUCGACGUCCCGGGAGGUUCGACCGAGAAAUUGAGAUAGGAGUACCUGACGCGGAUGCACGACUAUCCAUUCUCAAGACUUUACUCUUGAAAACACCUCAUGAUAUUACUUCGGAAGACCUGCGCGCUGUUGCCUCCAAGGCGCAUGGAUAUGUCGGUGCUGAUCUCGCGGCAGUGGUUCGAGAAGCGGGGACAUUGUCCAUCAAGCGUUGGCUAUCAUCUACAUCGGGAAAUCCAGAAAAGAAACAAGAAAUGCCAUUGGUCACACUUUCUGAUAUCAUGACAUCGCUCCCAACUAUCCGCCCCUCCGCGAUGCGUUCUCUUUUCGUGGAGACGCCUCCCGUUCGUUACUCUGAUGUCGGUGGUCAGUCCCAUGUCAUCACAAAGCUUCGCGAGACUGUCGAAUGGCCUCUUCUGCAUCCUGAGGCAUUUCAGCGCUUGGGAGUCAAACCUCCGAAAGGGAUCUUGCUAUAUGGACCACCAGGAUGUAGUAAAACCGUAUUGGCUAGGGCUUGUGCUUGUGAAAGCGGCAUAAACUUUGUGGCAGUCAAAGGGCCCGAACUGCUGAAUAAAUUCGUCGGAGAGUCUGAACGAGCGGUCCGCGAGAUUUUCAGGAAAGCUAGAGCUGCUUCUCCAUCAAUCAUAUUCUUUGAUGAGAUAGAUGCUCUAGCUACAUCUAGAAUGUCAUCUAAUACGAAUGCGGGCUCUUCGCAUGAAGGUGUAUUGACCAGUCUUUUGAACGAAAUAGAUGGCGUGCAAGAGCUUGUAGGGGUCACUAUACUGGCCGCCACGAAUAGACCUGAAUCAAUCGACUCAGCUUUGAUGCGGCCUGGUCGUUUGGAUCGUAUUCUAUACGUCGGUCCUCCAGAUCAAAAUGGCAGAGAAGAGAUCAUGAGGAUAAGAACAAAACAUAUGAAAGUGGAAGACAAUCUGGACAUUUCUCAGAUAGCGACAUUGACGGAAGGCUGUUCCGGAGCGGAAAUUUCCGCCCUCUGUCAAGAAGCCGCGCUCCUUACGAUGCAGAAGGAUAUUAACGCACCUUUCGUUCCUCAAGCGGCAUUCAUUGCCGCUGCAAAAUCGAUGCAACGACAGAUCACACCUGCCAUGUUACAAAAAUUCCAGUUAUGGAGAAUGCAGUCUGGGUUGCACGUAGCUUAGAAUAGAUAUGAUGUAUGUUUGCGAUUGGAAAGAUUGUAAUCGUAGCGCAAGAUCUGUUCGAAGUCUGGAAUUCUUCCAGAACCUUCAAGCCUGAGAUACUGUUUGCGCAUUAUAAAAGCGAGCACGAGAGUAUGGGAACCUGAAACAAUUC